UUUAGUUACCCAUUCCCUUUCAAAAUCCUAAAAGAAAAAUUAAAGAUGAAUCAAUCACAAAAUAUAAGUCAUCAAGUAGGACAAGCCACUGGACAAGCUCAGGAGAAAGGAAGCAAUAUGAUGGAUAAGGCAAGCAAUGCUGCUCAAUCGGCUAAAGAAUCUUGCCAAGAGGCUGGUCAACAAAUGAAGGAAAAAUCACAAGAGGCUGUAGAUGCCUUAAAGAACACACAUAAUGCUCAAAAAUGAAUAUGUAUAAUGGAGUGCUCUCUUAACAAUCUAUUUGCACCCUUUGAUUUCUAUUUUUUAUUUUAAAACUUUAUGCAUUGAAUUGUUAUCUAUUUUUAUUAAUUCUGAAUUGUUUUAUUGUAAGAUUUCUGGUAUAUACCAGCAACUUAAAUUAAGAGAGACUACACUUUUAUUCUAAAAUUU